AUGAGCCAGCCUACUUCUCAAGCAGCACCCAUAGAAACUCUAUACUUGCGAAAUCUAAAUGAAAAGAUAUCCAUUAACAAAUUAAAGGCGAAGCUUCAAUCGCUUUUCUCCACCUAUGGAGCCAUCACACAAAUCACCGCACAUAAAAACUUGAAAAUGAAAGGCCAAGCGUUUAUAACGUACGAAUCAACAGAAAAUGCCAAAAAUGCUCUAAACAAACUUCAAAACUUUAUAAUAUUUGAAAAGCCAGUUCAUAUCCAGUUCUCUAAAUCAAAUUCAGACAACUUGUAUAAAUUGAAAGCAGAGGAGGGUCAAGAAACGGAUGAAAUCGUAGAAAUUAAACAGAGGAAAGAAAAGAAAAUAGAAAGAGAACAAUUGAAGAAAAAGAGAACGAAUAUAGAAGUCGAUAAGACAAACAUAGAAGGUACUCUGCCAUACACCAAAUCUAGUACUCCUGCCACAUUUGAACCUGAAACGAAAAGAGUCAAGAUCGAAGAUUGGAAGUCUCUUCCUCCUAAUAGCGUUUUACUUAUUCAAAAUUUACCUUCCACUACUACCAAGGAAAGCUUAGACUCGGUUUUUGAAAGCACAAAGGGCUUCAUCAACAUACGGUUUGUGAAAAUUAGGAAUUUGGCAUUUAUAGAGUUUGAUAAUGAAGCAUUGUCCACAGAAGUGUUGAGGACAUUCGAUUCAGACCUCCUUAGCGAGAAGUUCUCUCCAGAGACUAUCUUGACAUAUGCGAAGAAAUGA